AUUUUCAUAAAUAACGAGUGGCAUGAUGCAGUCAGUAAAAAAACCUUCCCUUCCAUCAACCCAGCAACUGGAGAAGUCAUCUGCCAGGUUGCAGAGGGCGAUAAGGCAGAUGUGGACAAGGCCGUUCAGGCAGCCAAGGCAGCUUUCCAGCUGGGCUCGCCCUGGAGGAGGAUGGAUGCUUCUCACGCGCUGGCUGACCUGAUCGAGAGGGACCGGGCGUACCUGGCGGCGCUGGAAACUCUGGACAAUGGCAAGCCAUACUCCAUCUCCUACCUGGUGGAUUUGGACAUGGUAGUCAAAUGUCUCAGAUACUUUGCAGGCUGGUCAGAUAAAUUCCACGGCAAAACCAUCCCCUUAGACGGAGACUUCUUCUGUUACACAAGACACGAGCCAGUGGGAGUUUGUGGGCAGAUAAUCCCGUGGAACUUCCCGCUGUUGAUGCAGGCAUGGAAACUUGGGCCUGCCCUGGCCACCGGGAACGUGGUGGUGAUGAAAGUGGCGGAGCAAACCCCGCUGAGUGCCCUCUACGUGGCCAGCCUGAUCAAAGAGGCUGGAUUCCCACCAGGAGUGGUGAACAUCAUCCCUGGCUAUGGGCCCACUGCAGGGGCUGCCAUCUCCUCCCACAUGGAUAUAGAUAAAGUGGCCUUCACCGGCUCCACGGAGGUUGGGCACCUGGUCCAGAAGGCUGCAGCAGAGAGUAACCUAAAGAGGGUGACCCUGGAGCUCGGAGGAAAGAGUCCAAACAUAAUCAUGUCUGAUGCAGACAUGGACUGGGCGGUGGAUCAAGCCCACUUUGCCCUCUUCUUCAACCAAGGGCAGUGCUGCUGUGCCGGAUCCCGGACGUACGUCCAGGAGGAUGUUUAUCAGGAGUUUGUGGAGAGGAGUGUUGAGAAGGCCAAGAACAGGGUGGUUGGAAACCCCUUUGACUUUAAAACUGAACAGGGGCCUCAGGUAGAUGAAAAGCAGUUUAAGAAGAUCCUUGGGUACAUUCACACUGGGAAGCAGGAAGGAGCCAAACUGCUGUGUGGUGGCAACCCCGCUGCAGACAGAGGCUAUUUCAUCCAGCCAACUGUCUUUGGGGAUGUGCAGGACAACAUGACGAUUGCCAGAGAGGAGAUAUUUGGGCCGGUCAUGCAGAUCCUGAAAUUCAAAACCAUUGAGGAAGUCAUUGAGCGAGCGAAUGACUCCAAGUACGGCCUAGCAGCAGCAGUCUUUACAAAGGAUCUUGACAAAGCAAACUAUGUGUCACACGGCCUGCGAGCUGGAACAGUUUGGGUUAACUGCUAUGAUGUGUUUGGUGCCCAAGCCCCGUUUGGUGGCUACAAAGCUUCUGGUAAUGGGCGAGAGCUGGGAGAAUACGGCCUGGAGGCAUACGUAGAGGUGAAAAAUGUGACAAUCAAAAUUCCACAGAAAAACUCCUAAAGGCAGCGUUUGGGAACGCCUGUGCUGCUCCAUG